GCCAUGUCCAAGGUCUCGAGCGCCAAGUACGCGACCUUUGCGCCCAAGCCGACGGCGCGCUCCGAGCGCCACCCAAUUGAGGACGCAGGCCUCUUCAAGUGGCUCUUCUUCUACUGGGCCAACCCGCUACUGCGCACGGGCAACGACCGGCAGCUCGACCCGGACGACCUCUGGCCGCUCCAGGACGCAAGCAAGUGCGAUGCAGUCGUCGCGUCGUUCGACCCGGCUUUCAAGCAAACGCGGUCGCUCCUCAAGACGUUCUUUCGCAUUUUUGGCUGGCGUUUCUUCUGGAUCGGCUGCAUGCAGCUGCUUGCUGUGCCGUGCACCUUGUAUGGCCCGUACGUGCUCCAGCAGCUCCUCGAGGGCAUGAGCGUGGGCACCGACUCGAUGACGCUCAUCACGUACGUGGCCUCGCUCUUUGGUGUCCAAGUAUUUGCGGCGCUCCUCGCAGUGCACAUGGACUACCUCGACAAGGUGAUUGUCGUGCGCUUGACGUCGGGUAUCCAGCACCUCCUCUUCCAAAAGGCGUUGCGCCUCGACGCCGCGUCGCGCAAGGCCAAGUCGGCGGGCGAGAUCUCCAACCACUUUACGUCUGACAUCAACUGGAUCAUUGGCAUGAGCUACUACACCAACUACCUCUGGAUCUUGCCCGUCCAGAUUGCGAUCACGCUCUUCAUGCUCUACUCGAUCAUCUCGUGGGCGACCUUUGUCGGCCUUGGCGUCAUCCUCCUCGUGAUGCCCAUCACGAACGUGCUCGUGAACCGCGGCCACGAAGCCUUCGAGACGCUCAUGGAGCAAAAGGACGCGCGCAUGAAGAUGACCCCAAAACUAAGCAUCUCGCCCAUGACACCUCGACAGCUCGACUCGUGA